AGAAAACUCUUACCCAGUGGUUUUGCAAUGCGCGAUUAAAGUCACAGUGUGCUUUUGAAAAUCAUUUAAUUUGUGGUACUGUUGUUUGCAUAUACUUAGUGUUUGGAUUUGUACGUGUUUUUUUUUUUUUUUUUUUAAAGCAACAAGUACACAAUUCAGAUUGUGAGCCUCAGUUGUUUCUGUACUGUUAGGCCUUCCAACUUCAUUUAAUAAUUUCAAACUUGCGAAAGAGGUGUCUCUUUCUGUUAUCCAUAUUUUCAACAUGUGUUUUUGAAAGGUUAAGGCCGUAAUGUACGACCCGUGUGUGUGUGUGUGUGUGUGUGUGUGUGUGUGUGUGUGUGUGUGUGUGUGUUUGUGUGUAAAAGUUGUGGGUUGUGGAAGUUGUGAAGUGGGAUUCUCUCUCUGCUGGAAACUCCGGCGGCUGGAAUUCAAAGCCACGAGCCAUUAAAAUAUCAUCCAGCCUGCAGCCUUCAGCUUCAUACACUCCCAAACCCUUUCCAGAGAGAGAGAGAGAGAGCCAGGUGAAGCUGUUGAGUUGAAUUUGUUGGUCUUAAGGACGUUAUUUUUAUAAAAUAAAUCUGGACGAUGUCUUCAACAGGUGGAAAACGGUAAGACAGCAUUGGGACAAAAUGAAUUUUGGAAGCUGGAAUCAUUGGGAAUUGCUUACCGAGCAAAAUGAACAGAUAAAACAUAGUAAGGUGUUUUUCAUACACAAGUAGCUACUGAUUGCAACAAUUAAAUUAGAUUACAGAAAUAAAGUAAAAGGAAACGGAACUUUGAAGGGCAUGCUAAAGAAUAGGCUACUCUAAUGAUUUGUUUCUUUUCUUUUCUGAGAGAUAAUUAUACAAAUGUAAAAAAGAAAAGCACACAUAUUCUUUUUGGUACCAAUCAACUUGAUUUUCACAUGUUCUGUACUAAGACUAUCAAACAUCCAAAGUGUGUCCUGAGAUCAUAAUUUUAUUUGUGCUAUAGUUUUAUGCAUAUUUUUGAAUUAAGCAUGCGACAUGCGGUUUUUUUUUUUUUGUUAUUUUUUUUUUCCUUAGAACGCGCCAUGUUCCUGUUAUCGUGUAAAUCAAUAAUGUGCGGCAGUAGCUGAUCUUCGUUCACGAGUAUAAUUUUCCUUUUUCAAAUCAAACAAACUCGCCGUGUUUCUUUGCCUAUUAUUCUAUUCUGUCUAUCACAUGCAUAAUAACUUAUAAAGAAACUUUUAGUUUCGUGCCAAAGACUGCAGCUUCGACCCUGAGCCCCAGCCAUUUCACUAACAUCUUCACUAUGCGUCAUAGUUGACACAGUGUUUACUCAUUUAUGACAUGGAUGAUAUGGCUUUGUCACCAGAGGCCUGACAGAUCAAUUCAUGACGUUUCUCAAGGGAAUUGCAAUUUACUUGCAUCAAUAACUGAACGCAUUAACCUUCAUUAAAAGUAGGCCUAUUGCGGGUAAAGAAAUGCUUAAGGCUAUGCUUAUAGUAUUUUCAGAGUAGAUACUUAGUUUUUAAAUGUUUGGAUUUUGUGUUCAAGUGAGCUCAGAACUACUUAAGGUCGAUAUGAAACUAUCACAAUGACUUUCAGAUACAUUACGUAGGCUAAUCCUUCAUUGCACUGCUAUGUUGCUGUCAUGCAACAAAAAUAAAUAAAUAAAUAAAUAAAUAAAUGCUAUGUUCCUACUCUAUACAGUACGGUAUGCUGACACAAAAAUACACAAUAUACCUUAGAGUUGAGUUACAAAGCAAUGUGGGGUGGGGGGUCAACUGUUUCCAUUUUCAUCGAGACAUAUGAGCACUAAUACAAUCUAAAUUCGGCCUCUACUCUCAUGUAUAAUCCACCUAAAGGCAAUGGAGAUUGUAUUUAUGAUAUUUGACAUAAAUCUAACUGGCUGACUAUCUUUUGGGUCAGUUCAACCAAAACGUCGUAUUUGUAUCUGAUUUGAUUAAGAUAUAGCUACAAAACAGUUGCGAUCAAGAUAAUAAUUGUUUUGAAAUCUUUAGUUUGCCUUUUUUAAUUGUUGUGGAAGAUGGAAACCGUUCCAUUCACUAAAACCUCUUUCACACCAUCGCAAUGACUGAAACAGAGACUUCUAAAACUUUUUAGAACUCUGAUGGAUUCGUUUCAUUGCAUAUUUAAAUGUGAGAUACAGAUAUUAGAAGCAAAGAUAUCGGUAACAAACACAAAGAUAUUUGUAACAAACAUAAACAUGUAAAACACUUUUAAAAGCAAGGCUAUAUAAGACAUUAUAAUUUAUUUCAAAUAUUAAACUUCAUGAAAAGGCAAAUAGUUUUGGUCACUUUCUCUUUAGGUCACAUCUGACUUGCACAUUAAAACUGCAAAUAAAAAAAUAAAAAAACACUUGCAGCUUAGACGCAAAAAGGCUCAAAGGCGUUGGUGUUUUUGAUACGUUCUUAUUACACAAAAAUAUUAUUUAUUUAUUUAUUUAUUAAGAAAAAACAACUGUAUAAAAAUGCAAACAGUGUUUUCAGAACGGUUGAUGCAAAGUUUCGAAGCAAGGUCUAAUUUUAUGAUUUGGCUAUUUCAUAUGAUUUCAUACCAUUUCCUUUGUAUAAAUUCGUAGUAUUUCAUCACGUGCAAAUGCCUGGAUGUGUAAUGCAAAGUUCCACACCAGAGCCAUCAAGGACAUGCUUAUUAAUAUUAUGCUCUUACCCAAACCCAUUAUCUAAACCUAAUGGAUCAGUAGAGUGUGUAAACAUGAUAGGAAGCAUGUGUGACAGAAGGCAAUUGUCGCGUAUUAGCUGAAAACGAUGUCCAGCGAAGUCAUUGGCUGUAGUGAAGGUCGUACAAUAUCAUACGAAUUAGCCAAAUUAAAAAAAAAGUCGUAGGAAUCCUUACAUUUCGCUGUGAAAGUGUGUUAAAUGAUUCUAAUAAAUAUAGUAGUCUAAUAAAACAUCGUUUAGAUAUAUACACUCAAAAUGUGUCUUGAAAGCAUUUGCAUACAAUGACUUUGAGGACAAAGUUCAAAGAAAAUUACAAAAAGCAUUGUGUACUACUACAGUUUUCACAAGGACUGUCAAUUUUCUUUCAAGGUUUUCAUAUAAUAAACUUAUCAGCUGAUUCAUAAAUCUAAUUUAGUCAUAGCAGGUGCAAUUUCAACAGAGUGUUUAUGAAAUCACGGCACGUAAUCGGUGAUAAACUUUUACAUUUAGGAAAGACUGAGUGUUAGGAAUUUCGCUUAACAGUUACUCGGACUGUGAAAGUGCCCUGUACACUUUUGUUGAAGCACCACCUCCUGCGUGCCUGUUCCGCCACCGCUGAACAACUGAGGCCGAAAAUUACCCCUGAUCAUAACAACAGGUCGUUGUUGUUUUCACAAGACACCGAUCCCAUGACGACGACGUACAAGCAUGGAAAAGAGGGUGAAAACCUUAGUCAAUAAAAUGGUUAAACACAGAAAAAUCGGAGUCUGAGUAAGGCAGAAUGCAGUUCCGAACUUUAUCUUUUGCACUUACUGUUUAUUCAUAUGUGCUCUGUCGGUGUAUAUGAGUGUUUUCAAAUAACUGACUACAAGGCAGAACCUGCAUGAUAUUUGUAUUGCAUGCGAGUCCACUCAGAGUAAAACGCAUUGUCUUGACGCGCGUUUGCAGGUUUUCCAGAGCAUUAUAGAUAAAGAAAGAUUGCAUUGCUUCGGUGUAAUUUGGGAUUGCACUUUAAAGUACAAUAACCUUUGCAUAACAAAAACCUUUUUUUUUUUUCAUCUGCUGCCUGAGGCUUGGAGCAUGCGCUCUAGUUAUUUGCUGUCACUAAAAGAUUUUUCUUCACAUUGGAAACUGUCACGAGUGACGUCAAUCACAGAACUCUGACCAAUUAGAGCGCUCCGUGAUUGUUUGGCUCCACGGGCUGCAGCGCCUACCAUGAAUCUCUAUUCAGUAUAUCAAAGCGUCCUGCUGCUGCCUCUCAACCGAAUGGGAUUCCACGUAGGCACUGAGAUAGCAACUAAACUUUAAGGGGAAGUUUUUUUUUUUUUUCUUCUUCUUCUGUAUUUUUCAAAGCGAUUAAAAUAUAUUUGUCAUCAUCAUCAUUAUUAUUAUUUUGCCUGCUGUCAAGUUAUUCUAGAAUUAGGAGUAAUGAGCGUGGAUGCUUUGGGAAGCCCUGUGAUGGACCCCGCGUUUUCCAAACGGAACACGACGCUGAGAUUAGUUGACUUGGCAGGGGCUCACCACCAUCACCAUCAUCACCACCAUACCCCUCAGAGCGUGACAGGCUUCCCGGGGUUCAGCAGCCAUCCACACUCAAUGGCUCACUCGCACCCUGGGGAGAUGACUGCGGAACCCCGCCUGGGGCCGAGUCCAUUCGGGCCAGAACACAUGGGGCACUCCGCGGCCCUCAAAAUAAGCCCAACCCAUCAUUAUCCCCACUACCAUCACCACCACAAUCAUCAUAUUGCAGGCCACGGCGAAGUGGUCUCCAGUCAAACGAGAGCUUUUGGCCCGGUGCAGGCGGCAACGGUCCCAUACUCUAUGUCUCACACGGCCCAGGCGUUAUCCGCAGGUAGAGAUUUCCUUAUUCGACGAGAUUUGACAGCUCAAGCCAUGCCCGUGCUGACCGAUCAGACUUCUGGUGGUUCAGCCUCUCACCACGGAAUGUUUGUCUCGACAACAGGUAGCUAUCCGGGACACUAUGGUCAUCACCCCGACCCCGGGAACCAUGCUCUCUUCCCUGGACUUCAUCACGAGCAGCCGUCCAACGGAGCACCAGGUGGCCAAGCCUUGAACGGACAAAUAAGGUUAGGAAUACCUGCCGAAAUGUACGUUAGGACUGAUCAUUUGAGUCAAGUGGCGAGCUCCAGGGCGGACCCGUUCGCUGGUUCUCCUCUGCACGGAUACGGCGGACUCAGUCUGAACAUGAACCUCAGCGCGCACCACCACCAUCACGGAGCCGGCGCCUUUUUCCGUUACAUGAGGCAACCGAUCAAGCAAGAGCUCAUCUGCAAGUGGUUGGAACCAGAGCACUCUGCCAAGAAACUCUGCUCCAAAACAUACAGCACCAUGCACGAACUAGUGACACAUGUGACUGUGGAGCACGUUGGUGGACCGGAGCAAGCGAACCAUAUCUGUUUUUGGGAUGAAUGUCCACGAGAGGGAAAGCCGUUUAAAGCAAAGUACAAACUUGUGAAUCACAUCAGAGUGCACACCGGAGAGAAACCGUUUCCCUGUCCAUUCCCUGGCUGCGGAAAAGUAUUUGCCCGGUCGGAAAACUUGAAAAUCCACAAAAGGACACACACAGGUGAAAAACCUUUUAAAUGUGAGUUCGACGGCUGUGACAGACGGUUCGCCAACAGCAGUGACCGGAAAAAGCAUUCCCACGUACAUACCAGCGAUAAGCCAUACAACUGCAAAGUCAGAGGUUGUGACAAAUCGUACACGCAUCCCAGCUCUUUGAGAAAACACAUGAAGGUGCACUGCAAGUCUCCACCUCCGAGUUCGGGUUACGAAUCAUCGACUCCUUCUCUUGUUUCUCCUUCCUCGGACUUGGGACGAGAGCCAGCUCCCUCUGCGCUCUCCGAGCCACUCUCGUCAUCUUCCCAGCCGGCCAAUUUAAGCGAAUGGUACGUGUGUCACAGCUCCGGUGCCAGUGGGCCCCAGACCCCACCCAGUGGUUCGUCCACACCGGGCCAUACAGAGGGGCCAAUGUACGGCAAUCCAGAUCGGAGGGACAUCUUCUAACAAAAUGCGAGCCAUAGAAUAUUCCUUUGGCAAAAUUACUAAACUGACUUUGACAUCUUUUUCUCAUAUUUUUUUAAAGACUGGAUGGCCACAGGCUGACGCUAAGUCAGUUCAAAGAGUAGGCUUGUUCACUAUUACUGCCUUACUGAAGGAUGCACUGGCCCCUUGACAGCUAAUGUCACUGCCUAACACACCAAUCGAUAUAAAAACAUGUCAUGAGUGUCUACGGUUCUAAAUAGUGUACUGGUCGUACGCAUGUUGCUGUAUUAUUUUUGUAAAUCCCGCAUUGAUUUCAAAAUCUUUUUAAUUUAUUUUUUAAUCGGUAAAGAAUUUCAUUUUUGUAUUAUUAAACCAAAGUGCUUAAUUAUUAAAAUUGUACAUAUGUGAAUGACGACGUUUCGAUGUCUAUGUGUGAACAGUAAUUUUGUAAGGUUUGGUCUUUCAGCGAUUUUUAAAUGUUUGCUACUCUACUUUGUACAACAUUAAUAUUUGGGAUUAUUUGAAUUUCCUAAGGAUGUAGACUAUUUCCUCAUUAUGUGCAUUCUACAGCCAAGCCAAUUUGAUGUAAACAGUAUUAUUGUAUUUGAUAUGACAUUUCACUUAUGAUUAGUCAUUAAUCAAUGUGGUUAUUUUGUGAUUUUGUAAAACUUGUCAACAAUCCAUUUUUAUGAAAAAAACAAAAACAAAAAUAUAUAUAAAUGAAUUAUCAGAAGAGACCUUAAAAUGUGUACCGAAAUGCCUUGUAAGUUGUCAGUAUUUUGAAUAAAUUGUGAAUGAUGCAAAUCUAUAA